CGUUCUUCUCUCUUCCAUGCUUUUAAUUCCAAUUUCGGCAUAAUCUUUGGCAACAUUCCAAACGUUGCGUGUGUGUGUGUGUUUGUGCUAGUAGAACGAAACACUUUGUUAUUAUUGCAAAUCUCCUGUACGAAGGAGUUCUGGGAUGAAACGUUCCGAUGCUGCUUGUCAAAUCUAGUAAACCCGUCGGCACGACAACAAAGCACAAUCAAACAGUGCAGCUCGAAAGACGAAACAAACCACAGUGCGAAGCUAGAAAGGAACGAAAGUGUACCAAUCGCAAGGGUCAAACAAGAAAAGCUGCUUGCAAAUGUAACCAAUCUUUUCCAAAUUGCAUUACAACACAAAUCCCUGCAAGCCCUUUUCUUCUUCAUUUAUUUGUAUCUCACUUACGCGGGUCAUGCAGCAAAAAAAAAAACAAGUUAAGGUGCAGUGUGAUUUGAAACGCGGCCUUUCUUAAAUAUCUGAUUAUGUGUGUAUGUGUGCGAAAAUGUGUAUGUAGGUGGAUUGUUUGUGAGUGACACCAAAGGCCAGCAAGUAGAAAGCAACAACCGCUUGAUGACCCCGUUCCAACGAUUCGAUGGGCAAAACAAAAAAAGUGCGUUUUCUGUUGCGAUCCUAUGCAGCAAAAGAAAGCAGUGAAGUAGCCAUUAUAAACGCCUUCCCUUGAGGUGCAUAAAAUGUGAUUUGUCAGGAUUGUAUGUGCGAAAAGAGCCGGUGUAGCCAGUUUUAAUCCUGCAAAUCUCGGCAAUUACACGGAAAAUGUCAUACUUUGAGUGUGUGUAAUUUCUCCAUCGUACGUACGUUAAUUGAGAUGGUAAUCAUUUUAGUGUAUGUACAGGCGUUAUGUGUUGCUGCAGCGUACCCGAUCAAUUGUGUGUUGACAGGAGUUUGACAGAACGGUGUGACGGAGCAUAAAACAACAAGAGUAAUAUUUAUCAUCUGAUUACACCGUGCACUAAUCGGAAAUAGUUCUAAUAGUGAUUAUUAUCCUGUGUGUGUCAAUGUUUCUACUACUAUCCCGUGUAUUGUCUGCAUGCAUUUGUGUAUGUGCGCGUGCGUGUGUGACGGAAGAGUGAUUAUGGUUAUGAUUUAAUUACAGGUUUCAGCGAAAUAAUCCACCCAUCCUUUCUAUUAUCGCCCGACAGCAAAUCAAACGCAUCGGUGUGUGGAUUUGAGUGUGUAUCCUUUAAUAUAGUGUAGUGCUGGUGUUGCAGGAGCAGGAUUAUCCCUUUCCGGACGGAUGUGAAAGUGCCCGUCGGCUUUCGAGUGUUGUUUGAAUAAGAAAAGCUCAAUAAAAGGAUACACAACUACACCCAAAAGAAAGUGCAAAAGUGAAUAGUGAACGUUAAUACAGUGCGCGUGUGUGUGUUUGUUCUGCGUUCUAAGUGAGUUUAAGUAGUGUUACAAAGUGUUGAGAUAAUUGAUUGUCAAAAGAAAACCAAAAUAUAUAUAAAGAAAAACCUUCGUGGAGUGUUGCCAAAAGUGUUUCCAUUUCCUAGACACAGUUUUACAGGACAUCGUGAAAGCAAAGAGAGGAGAAAACAAUCGAUAAAUAAACAUUUCAUUAAAUGUACAGCACGAAUCGAAUUGGAUUUUUGAACAUUUGCUGCGUACAUUAAGAGAUUGAUUUUCUUCAUUUACAACGAAACGCCAACACACCUAAUCGAGACGCGCUCGUUGGAUUGUUUCGUUCGCAAAACUUUGCAUGCGCGCGCCCGUAAGGAGGAGCAUUUUCGAGAACAAUGGAGACGUAGAACGUGUUCCGGAGAGCGCAAUCCAACCACCCCCCCCCCCCCCUUCUCGGCCGGAGUAGGCAAUUAAAGGAAUUCAAACCUCCCAUCUAACCGGACGACGAAAGGGGCCCGCGACGGGCAAGCUUCUUCAGGGGGUUUCUCAUCGCAAAGGCACAAAAACCGCACACUCGGACAAUGCAAACUAAUGGGUCGACGCUUUUGGACCGCGUUAACGUCAAGCUCGGUGGCGGCCCAUCGUCAACCGGAUUGUGGUGCCAGCUUCCGCGGCAACAGCAGCUCCAGCGGGAACCACGGCCGGCUAGUGGACACUAAGCAGCGGACACAGUAGAGACAGUAACACGGGGUAUGAGAAAAGAAUCGGGAAAGCCAACGUUGAAACUAACGUGCUGUGCUAAUCACACGACGUGCUAACGACGGAUGCUAACACACACACACCCGGCAGUAACAGCACCCGAAACCACAUACCCGUUCGUUUCUUUUCCUCGGAAAUCCGGUUUAAUUAGCACCUUCCCAACUGUUGCCGCGAACCGGACGAGUCCUUUACACUUAACCUGUGCGAACGACAUUUGUUGCAAGAGGCAGAGCAGAGCCCCACAUCGAGCCUCCCCGACAAAUCCACGUCCCACCCCCCCACAUCUAUAUUUCCCUCCCCCGGCCCGUUGAAUGCAGAGCGUGCAGGUGCAGCAGCAAGGACGAGCAGCAGCAACACCGGCGGCACAACGUCCACGAUCGCUAACCGCGCCCAGCCGUCGUCUCGCCCGGUACCACCGGAAGGAAGAGAUCGCCAUCUCUUCUCGCCGUCCAACUGGUGCCGCCGUGGUCGUCGCGCGUGAUCCCCGCUCGAUUCAUCGCCGCCGUCGUCAUUUCGGGGUAAUAUGGCCACACCGCCAACCGAAGGAGAAAUCAGAGUGGGUCCCGGCCAUCAGGCAACAUUACCAGACUAUCAACCGAUCGAGAACUACCGCUCCGAGGACGAUGAAGAUCGCGACCUAGAAGAUCCGAGAUGGACACCCGGACUGUACAUUGAUAAUGAUUUGUUGAUGUACCUGACCGCCGCUCGUUCAAUAUCCGCUUUUCAGGGUAUGUGCGAGGAAGAUGGUUGUAUGGCAGCUAGUCGUGACGAUACAACUAUAAAUGCAUUUGAUGUUCUACACGACUCAGGAUACGACGCCGGUAAAGCCCUAGAAGCACUACUAAAGUGUCCAGUUACGAAGGGAAUCGAGAAGAAGUGGACAGAGGAGGAAACGAAACGCUUCAUCAAGGGUUUGCGACAGUUUGGGAAGAAUUUUUUUCGCAUCCACAAAGACCUAUUACCACAUCGGCCAACGCCGGAAUUGGUAGAGUUUUACUAUCUCUGGAAGAAGACGCCGGGUGCAAAUCAGAACCGGCCCCACCGCAGACGACGGGCGAGCUCGCUCAGACGACGCAACACACGGACGAACAGUAAUGCGAGUGGCACCCCGCCAAACAGCAGCGGUAGCAGCAGUAGUAGCAGCAACAGCAACAGCAAAAAGGAACAAACCCCCGAGCGGACCGUGACAGAUACCGGUUCGUCCCGACCGUCGCCGAUCGGCAAGGAGGAGAACAGCUCCGUUACCGAGGACGACGUGAGCGAGUGUGACAGUGAUUCGAGCGCCAACAAGGCGACCGCAGCUGCGGCGGCUGCAGCGACAGCCACCGCCAACGGUACCGGCGUUGGAGGCAACGGCAGCAAUAGCAGCAUCAGUAGCGGAAGCAGCAGCAGCAGUAGCAGUAGCAGCAGCAGCAGUAGCAGCAGCAGCAGCAGUAGUAGUAGCAGCAGUAGCAGCAGCAGCAGUAACGGAAGUAACGGCGGCGUCGGCGGUUCCGUCGGCGUCGGAGACUUUACGACGACGGCCAGCAGCGGCGGCGUUGGCGGGGGCACGGUCACCGGCGAGGAAUCUCCGUCGAGGAUGCGGACCCGCCAAAAGCCAACUAAGGAAACGAAUGCUACCAAUGCGAAGCGACCAAAGCGUGGCGGUACGGAGACCCCGGAACAGCAGACAGCAACCGGCACAUCCGCCACCGCUGGUGGAGGUGCUGCUGGUAGCAGUGGUAAUGGUGCAAGCACCUUGGACAGUCCGAAGACGCCAAGCAAAACGACGGGUAGUAGUGGUAGCAAUAGCAGUAAUGCAACCGGAAGCUCUACGAGUGCUACCGGUGGUGGACCAGGGGACGGGAAACAUAGUUCGCAAAGCGGAAGCAAAGGCAAGGGAUCAUCGUCCUCGUCUACCGGUGGCGGUAAGACGGAGACGACUCCCAGCAAGGGUAAAAAGCGUGCUAAUGAGCUCGAAGUCGACGGCAACGAUGAAAAGGAUGGACAAAAGCGAAAGCGCGCGGACAGUCCUGCCGAAAGUCUCACCACGGAUAGCCGGCCCGGUUCCGUGCUGGAUGAGAUGGAAUCGGUUAGCGAGGCAGCUACAGAAACCAGCAUCGGUACAAGAACUACCGGCACCCCAACACCGGUGGGUCACGACCGGUUGCAGGGUGCGAAUGCUGUCAACGCAGGAAAUGGCCCAGGUGGGCCUGAAGGAAGUGCCACAAGUACGAAGGAAGACGACAAGGAUCCACUGUCUCUCGGACCACCGCUUAUCGCUGCGGAACCGAUGGUUACAGAAUCGAACGAAAAUAGUAGUAGCAGCAAUACGACCACCUCAACAGUCGCAAAGUCUUCAUCCGGUGGUUCGGAGGACAAAGAUGAUGAUUCGAAUGCGGGUGCUACGGGAGCAGUUGUCGCAUCUGCGGUAGCAACGGUUCCCACCGCAGCAGACACGGCCAAGCUUCCCGAAACGGAAGAUAUAUCUCCACCGUCGACAGCGGCCACAACACCGGUUGCGACUCCCGCACCACCCGCAACGGGGGCUUCACUAUCCGCAGCGGAUGGUAGCAGCGAACCGCAACAGGGACCUCCUUCGGCGGAAGAGGCAGCUACUGCAAACGGAACGAGUAGCGUGUCUAGUAUGUGCAACACCACUGGGGAUGGUAAACCGUGUGUAAAUUCCAUCGGUGCCGCUUCGUCCAACGAUCAAGAAAUGGCUGCAAAGUUGGCAAACAUGAAACAAGAAGCAUCCUCGACCGGUUCGUCUGCCGGUGCUCCGCCCGGUUCGGCAACAGCGGUUGAUUUCAACUCCAAAGAUGUGUUCAUCAAGAAGGAACCAAACGAGGAUCCUGCUGCAACCGGAAUAGCUUCUGCUAGUGCUUCAGCUGCUGGAGAACAGUCUGGAUCUGGUAAUAGUGGUGCCGCAUCAGCGACGGGUGUUUCUAGCGAGCCGCAAGAUUUAAAGCUCAAAAUCGAGGUAAAAUCGGAAGCAAAGUUGAUGCCAUCCGGUGCGAACGAAGGGUCGAACCAAGGUACCGUACCCGGUGCGGAUAUGAAAUACGACCCAGAGAAUUUAGUGAUGAAACCCUACGAAAGUCAUAUAAAAUAUGGUGGCCAUCCCGGUGAGGAUGGAAUGAAAUAUGGUGAACAUAAAUAUGGACCACUGCCGCCACAUCAGCAGCUUCCCGGACCGGGGGAACCGCCUGGGUUAAAGUAUGGUCCUCCGGGUGGACCACAGGACGAACCGCUGGAAUACGAUAUGAAACGCUAUCCAGCGCACGGACCUCCACCACCGCCAUCGGCACAGGAUGGUGGACCACUGCCACUGAAACUUGGCGGACCACCGGGACCACCGUCGGGUUCUGGAGCACCAGGGGAACUACCAUCAGCGGGACCUCCGCAACAUAUGAAGCUUUCCCAGUACCCACAAGAUCUGACGAGUUUGAACCUGAAGUACCCACCGCCAGACGAGCGGACAAAGUUUGCCCCAUCGCCUGCUUCGGACAGUGGAAGUGGAAGCGGUGUUGCUCCACCACCAUCCGGUAUCGGUGGACCGCUGCCUCUCAUCCCGAAAAGUCAUUACCCUGAUCCGGCGCAGUUAAAUAUGUUGCGGCAGCAUUACGAACAUACGUUCAAGUACGAUCCGAUGGCGGCAGUGAAGUACGGUCCACCGGGAAUGCCACCAUUCGGAGCACCACCCGGUCAACCAGGACAUCAUCAUCCGCAUCAUCCGCUGGCCGGCGCACUGCCGGGACAACCGCAGUCACAACCACAAGAUCUGAAGUACCUUCCACCGGAGGCUGCCGCUACAGGCAUGGGGCCUCUGAAGUAUCCACCCUCAUCAGUAGCGAACGAUACGCCUACGUCGCUGAAGAACAACAGCUUUUCAGCGGACAAUCUUCUCAAGAGCAGCUCGUCAAGCAGCGGUGGAGGCAACGAUUCGUCCAAUCCGCUGGAUGUUUCGGCUUCUGCGCGCCAUGCUGUGACGCCGAAUCAGGACAGUCAGGGCAGCAACAGCAGCUCGCAACCAACGGCACUGCAUGGCAGUGGCAGCAGUAUCGCCUCACCGCAGUCCGGUGGACCACCGCCAUCAUUACCACCACACGGUGCUGGAACAUAUCCACCGCCGCACGGACCACCACCACCGGGACAUCCGGGACAUAUCGUAAAUCCGGGAUUAAUGCCAACGCUGCUCGGAACCGGACCGAACUCAUCGCCGGUUCCACCAACAUCGCAACCGGGUGGGGUACAUCCGUCCUCGCUCGGUAGCCAUCCGUUGGCCCAUCCUGGAUCGGUACCUCCACCACAGCUACUACCAACUCCUCCGGGUUCCAGUCCGUAUCAGCCUAGCAAUAUGCAUCGAUCUGGAGGGCUUCCACCAUCAUCGGUACCGAGCUCCGUAUCGUUAGCAAUAUCCUCGAGUGGCAGUACUGCGCUAACCUCUACUACCGCAUCGUCCGCUGCUUCCUUGUCUUCAACGUCGGUGACGUCGCAUUCGCCGGCACCAAUGAGACCGUCGUCCGAUAAUGGACCGCUUGGUCUUCAGCCAAUGUCCCACCAUCAUCGUUCGGACCGUGACCGAGAACCACCUCGGCCAGGUGCAAACGAUAUGCCUCCUACCCGUGCUUCCCCAAUCAACUCGCUACUACAGGGAGUUCCGCCUCCUCACGGUAUACUGUCGCAUCCGCUCCCACUGCAUCUUGGACAUCCGGGUAUGCAACUACCUCCGCACCAUCCAGCGGCACAUUUGGCUGGUCCGCUAGGACACGCCGGACUAUUACCACCCUCGUUGGCAGCACAUGGCGCCGGAAUACCGCUACUAGGCGGACCGACACCAUCCGCGCUCGGAAGCUUAAUGGAGGUGGCGGGCGCAGGGCGUCGAUCGCCUUCCUCCGGUCCGGGAAGUUUAGCGGGCGGACCUCACUCUCAUUUGCCACCGACAUCGAUGCAUCAGUCAGUCAGCGCUCUGGCGCAAUCCCCAUCCACUCCGACCGGAGCAGGCGGAGGACCACCGUCAUCGUCUGCGUUGAGUCGUGCCAGCCCCAAUGUACCACCUGGUGGUCCGGGAACACCCGGAGGAUACCCCGGCCCGGGAGGACAUCAUCAUCGAUCCAGCUCACCUGCCAAUUCGAGCAGCUCCGGUUUGAGCCGCGCCAGUCCUAUGCACCUCAGCCAUCAUCCUUCCACACCGGGUGCUGGUAGCGCUGGUGGAAGUGGUGGAUCGUCGGCAGCUGCAGCAGCUGCGGCGGCCGCAUCAGCCGAACGGGACCGACAAAUCAUGCGACAGCAAAGCCCCCACAUGACUCCUCCACCACCUUCGUCGUCUGCACCUUCGGCCGCGUUGAUCUCAAGUCCGUUGAGCAAAAUGUACGGAGGCCCGUCGGGACAGCGAUCACCACCUCCAUCCCAUCCAUUCCGGCCCGGUGCUUCACCGCCGGUUAUACGACACCCCCAGAUGCCUCUACCUCUACCGAUGACGGGUCCGAUGGCGGGUAUUCCCGGGUCGGUAAUGCACGCCUCGCAGCCGUACCCUUUGAUGCACCCGUCACUGUUUAAUCCGCACCAUCACAACCCAUUCUACGCACCGUAUCCAUACGGACCAGCCUAUGGGCCCGGAUUUUCCUACAUGAAGCCCGGUGGCUCACCGCUCGAUAAUCCAAUGCUACACGGACACCCGACAGCGAUACCUCCCCCCCGACCGGAGGACGCACCAGGAGCAGGCGGUCCAGGAGGAGGUAUCCAUGGCAAUGCCGGUGAGAAAUCAAAAUCCUCCAGCGGUGGUAGUAAAUCACAGCAGCCACAAACGUCAUCCUCCUCCACAUCGUCAGUGUCUUCACUGUCUGGGUCAGGCGGUAAUGAGCGAUCGAAACAAUCGUCCUCAUCAGCAGGAAACGGGGGCCCUGGCAGUGGACAUUCCAGCUCGUCCAACCAAAGCAGCUCAUCGGCAGGUGGACCACCCGGUGGACCUGGCCGGGGUGGUCCUUCACCUAGCGGAGCUGGUCCCGGAAUGGUCGGCAUGCCGGGAGGACCUCCCGGUGGACAUCCGCUCAGUGGUAGUCCGUUUCAUCCGGCCGGUCCGCCCCACCAUCACUCACCUUAUGGUCCCCCGCAACCUCACAAUCCGUUCAUCGAGAACCAGUUGCCACCGGUCGGUGGUGGUAAACCGACCAGUCACAUGGAUGCACUGCGCGCACACGCUCAUGCAGCGGCUGGUGGAGCUUUAGGUCCGCCACCGGGACACCAUCCGCACCAUCAUCCGGGUCAUGGUCCACCACCGCCGCCCGGACAUCAUCCAGCGCAUCCGAAUGAACCGGUGCACAUCGAAACGCUCGAUAUAGAUCCGGACCCGGAACCACCGUCACCAGUCCAUGAUAUGAACCGUGGUCCCAGCCCCGAGGCCAAACCGGAUGACACCGAGUGCCAUCGGUCCCAGUCGGCAAUUUUCGUACGACGCUGUGAUCGAGGUGAUUACAAUUCGUGCACGCGAACCGAUCUCGAAUUCAAACCAACGCCCGACUCGAAGCUUGCGCGGAAACGCGAGGAACGCGACAGAAAGCUCGCGGAGAAGGAGCGGGAACGUAAAGCACAACAGGCGGCACAGGCGCAACAUCAACACCAGCAGCAGCAACAGCAAUCGCAUCAUCCGUCGAUGCAACCGCAUCCCCAUCAGCCUCCACCAUCGCACCCGCACCAUCCACAGCAUCCGAGUGUGACGGCGCAUCAGCAAGCAGUGGCCGCUGCCCAAGCCCAACAUCAAGCUGCAGCUGCUUCGGCAGCAGCAGCGGCGGCCGCAGCACAACAACAUCACCAUCAGCAACAGCAGGCCCAACAACAGGCACAACACCAAGCACAGCAGCAGGCGCAACAGCAGGCCCAGCAGCAGGCAGGAAAGCCAGGUAGUGCUGGUGGUAGUUCUGGUGCAUCGGGACCGGGUGGGCCACCGGGUCCACCACCUCCUGGUCAUCAUCCGGGGCAUCCUUCACCUGGCCAACAGUCGAUGAAACCGGACAUUAAACCAUAUCCAGACACACCAGCCCUAAGGCAGCUGUCCGAGUAUGCGCGGCCGCAUGUUGGAUUUAGUCCUGUGGAAACGAUGGUCCCGCCACCAUACCAUCCACUGUACAAUAGAGAAAGGGACAUCUUUUUUAGGGAAUUUGAGGACCUCAAAAAUCAACAAGGCAUGGGACCAUCCCGGCUGGACCCGCACUGGAUGGAGUACUAUCGAAUGAGAGGAAUGCAUCCGUCACAGUUUCCCGGUCUUUACGGUAAUCCUGCGGCCCUCGCACAGCUAGAACGGGAACGAAUAGGCUUGCCACCGCAUCCUGUUGGGCUGGAUCCAUCCGAUCCGAUGUUGCGCUUGGCUGGCGAAUAUCAUGCACACUCCCAUACGCACUUGCACUUGCAUUCGCAACAGCAGCAAGACUCGGCAGCAGCGGCGGCGGCGGCAGCGGCAGCGGCGGCAGCAGGUUUUCAUCUACCACCCAACGUUCCGCCCUAUCCACGGCCGAAUGUUUUAAUGCCGAGGGAUCCACAUUCGGAAGUACUUUUGCGUAUGUCCUAUGAUCCAUUGCAGGCUGCUGAAUUCCAACGACAAAGUGCAUUAGAUCGGGCCCAGUCGCUCCAUGAGCAGUAUAUGAGGCAACACGAACGUGAGAUGAAGGUGCGUGCAUUGGAAGAGGCAGCACGGGGCGGCAAACAUUAGGAAAUUCUUUACCAAACCAAACAGUUACGUUUCCCAACCUGCCUCCGAUUUACCGCGAGCGACGAUUGGGAGUAUGAAAUGCGUGCCACACUCGAAGCCAGAUUUCCAUCGGUUAAUGCAACAAACGCUCUAACAACCACUGGUACCUUUUUUGCAGUGUAAAAGCUGUGUAAAUCACUUACAUCCCUUCCUGAUUUCUUCCCAAUUUGACCAAAAAACACAACAACAAAAAAACCAACCAACAAACAAAAUGUUAAACACUAGAUUGAUACAAGAAAACUAUAUACAUAUGCAUCUAUAUAGUGGAUAACGAUGUGUAUUUCCAGGCAAUGAUGUCGCACCCAAUGUUAAAAUGCGUGCACAGAAUUAGGUUUGAUCAGGAAACAUGAUCGGUACAUAUGUUUCGUCGUAUCCAGGACGAUUACGGUAGACUUACAUCUUAGUCUUUUUUCUCUCUUUGAUUAGAUUAUUAAUAUUAUUAUGACUUUGUCAGCGUAAGCUAGCCAACUAGUUCGAUUGUCCGCCGCCGGGUACGGUAUGGUAGGCCCCUUUUGACGAUGUAAAUAUUUAAACAAAUAUCGUUUAGGUUCGCAUUUGAUAACUAUAUCCCAAUUUUAUCAAUUUAAGCUUAGUGACUAAGCUCUAGUGUGCGCUUCAUUAGUUUACGAUGCCCUCCUUAUUUUCUGUUAAAUGACACACCUUGCUCCGUCACUCGAUGUUAUAAUGGAAAAAAAAGAUAUUUUAUGUUUUGGUACAUAAUUUAAACUAGUGCGAGGAAGGUAAAGCAAUCAAGAUUCACACACAACUGCUCAGAGCGUUUCAUCUGCCAUUUAACACAACACAAAACAAACAUGAAUAUAUUCUCCCCAAUAAAUGCUGCCGUGGGUUGCAAACUGCAAAGAAGGAAAGAAGAAAGUGUAGUGAAAAGUCUUCGAGUGCUAGUUCAUUUUAAUUACUCUUUCCCACUUUCGUUUCGCUUGAUUCUCAUCGAACGCAUGAUGCCACGAUACGUUUGUCGCUAUCAUAUUCAUGUGCAAAAUAUAAAGAAAUGGGAAGACAUUGAGCACUGUUGCAAAUAGGGGGAGAAAGGGUAGAAGAACGAUAUUAAGUGCGGCAAUUAAUGCAAUUGGGGGUACAACAAAAGUGAACAAAUGCGAAAGAAGCGAAACACUUCGGUAACAUGUAAAAAGAAAGAUAAUGCGAUAUAGACAACAGAAAAACAACAAUAUUAGCAUGUAAGUAGAAAACGGUAUAUAUUAUAUAUUUUAUAUUUAUGAUGGAACGGAGAAAUGAUAAUAUUAUACACCUUAAGGUAGCAGACAAACCGAUCGAAGGGCAAACAUUUGUUUGCUAGCUGAUCGUGUCGAGAUUCCGGCGCACGGCGGUGCACCAUUGUUCGCCGCCGAUCGGAAUUGGACGCAAAUACAACCGAACAAUUAACUGAGCGCACACACCAUUAGCGUUUUUGUCGCCCUCCUCCUUAACUGUACACAAAUGAAUCCUUGCUUAGAGAGUAGUGGCGUUAUUGCACGGGUAGUUGAACAAAACAAAAACAAAAACAGGAAAAAGAGGGAAAUGGAAACAAUGUGCGGUGUUACGAUAUGAGUAAUAAUGGGAGCGAAAAAACGCAUUUAAUCAAAAACCCAAACGGUGUUGUAUAGCGGAGGAACCGAUUUAGAUAUAUUGUAACUCGAUAGGCAUGUGCCUGUGUGCGUUUGUGAGCGCCCGGGCACAAGGUUCUGUGGGUGGAGAUCAGUUAAAACGAUGGGAUGAUGUAUAGUAGCAUCAAGUUUCCCACUUUUCCACAGAUUGCAUUAUGGUUCCAUGCAAACAACCAAAUCGUGAAUGCGUUUCGUACGACUCGCAUUGUAGGUGGUAAGCCAGGAAGGUGAAAUGUGUGCAGAUUUUUGAACCCAUUUCUAAGUGUCUAUAUUUAUGGAAAACCGAUGAACAUAAUGCUGUCGAUCUAUCAUCAUAUAUAUAUAAGACAUAUAUAUAUAAUGUGCAAGUGAUCGGCAGAAAGUAUGGGUACGUGUGUUUGCGUUGCAUAUAUGCACAGGUAUGAAAGAGGAACUUGGGCGAACGAACGGAUGUUCGCGAUUAGACUGACUGUUGUUAUAUGGAGACGUAUGGAGUGCGUUAGAAGACUGGAGACAUUGGUGAAUCAGCACCCCCAACGAUGCGAAAGUCAACCUAAGUGUGAUUUGCAUUAGAUGAACUGCCGGUAGCAUCUUGAGUUUUAGAGUUCUUUAGUAAAACUCCCCAAAAAACAUGUCGUCCAUGCUUGCUUAAAUCACCACAGCCGUGUUACGUCUGGACACUUGGUUUUAACGGCGUUCUGCUAAGUUUAGUUGUAUACGUUACUUCGAUAAAGUUUUUCCUUUGUUGUGCAGUCCGCAACCCCUCGGUUGCCGCGCACUACGCUGGAAUGAAAAUAGACAAAUUACCAUAAAAUCCUCCCUCACCCCCUGCGCCGUAUGUAAAAUAAUGUCUUAGUUGUUAUAAUCCCUUCAAUACGUGGUAUUCUUUACGAGAGAUAGUAAGCAGUAUGGGGGGUUGGCGAACUUUGCAGCUCUCACUCGAACUUGACAUUCGAACGUGCGUGGUACAACAAUCGGCAAAUGUGUAUUUAUACUAGUGAAAUACGAUGGAUUUGAAUGAUGCGAAUUCUUCUUAAACCUCCUUGCGCUGCGAUCUGAUUACCGGGCUAGUGUGUUAAACCGGUGUGAUCGACGAUCGUGCUGUGUGUGAGACGACAUCAUCAGAGCUGGUGGAAGCAUAUGCAGGGGUGGAGAAUGUUUUAAACAAAAACCCGAUCAUCGUUAUUGUUUCAUCAAACAAAAUUUACCUAAGAAACAGCCUGUGCAGCAUAAAUAUGUACGGUGUAUAAAACAAAAAAAAAACAAACAAACAAUCGGAAUCGGAAAAGCAAGAUGGAGUUUGAUUCAAUCUUUAAAAAAAGGGUAUCUAUUUAAAAAUAAAAACAAGAAACAUGUCGAUGAGGGGAGUGAAACAAAGUUUAAAAUGUAAAGGAAAAUCACACACCUACACACCUACCAUAGCCGUUCGCACAGGAACGCACGCAAAUGUGGGCAGAAACAAAUUAAAUAUAGUAUUGAGUAACACCGUAAGGAUACAGAUUUGAAUAGUAGUACGAUGAUAAGUCAAUCGACGAACCAAGCGAAAGCGGAUAAGCAAAAUAAAUGCGUACAAGCGAAGAAAAAAGCAUGUUAUCAGCCGCAGCAAGAGUAAAGCAACGUGUUGAACGUUUUGUCACUAUUGAUGACGAAGGAACGCAGACACAAACAACAAAGGCGAUGUAAUUGAACAUGAUGUAGAUGUAGAAAUUAAGCGACUAGGGUCCUGUCACAGUGAGCACAACGCACAGUGGCUAUACUUGUGAGCGAGAACUGGUGAUGAUAAAAAAAUAUACGAAUAUUGAAAAAAAUAUAUAUAUGAAAAUUGAAA